AAGCUGGAAAGCCCAGUGGGGAUGGCGGAGAGCGCGGGCCGGGCUGGCCAGAAGCGCCCAUGCUUCCUGAUGGGGAUGGUGCUGCUGCUGCUGCUGACCGGCGCCCUGGCGGCCCUGGGUGUCCUCUACGCCGCCAGCAGAGGGAAGCAGCUACCACCCGUGGCUAGCCCGCUGUGCUUCUCAAAGGAAGAGAAGAUCAUUGUAAAAAGAAAAGUCCGAGCCGCCCCAGAGCCCCAGGUGACGAAGGAAGUCUGCACCACACCUGGCUGCGUAAUGGCAGCCGCCAGGAUCCUGCAGAAUAUGGACGCGUCUCAGGAACCGUGUAAUGACUUCUACCAGUACGCAUGUGGAGGCUGGCUGCGGCGCCACGUGAUCCCCGAGACCAACUCCAGAUACAGCGUCUUUGACAUCCUUCGAGACGAGCUGGAGGUCGUCCUCAAAGCGGUGCUGGAGAAUUCCACUGUCAAGGAACGGCCAGCCGUGGAGAAGGCCAAGAUGCUGUACCGCUCCUGCAUGAAUGAGAGUUUGAUAGAGAAGCGAGACUCUCAGCCCCUGCUGAACAUCUUGCAAAUGGUGGGAGGCUGGCCAGUGGCCAUGGACAAGUGGAAUGAGACUCUAGGCCUCAGGUGGGAGCUGGAGCGGCAGUUGGCGCUGAUGAACACACAGUUCAACAGGCGCAUCCUCAUCGACCUCUUCGUCUGGAAUGAUGACCAGAACUCCAGCCGCCACAUCAUCUACAUAGACCAGCCCACGCUGGGCAUGCCGUCUCGGGAGUACUACUUCAGUGGGGGCAACAACCAGAAGGUACGGGAGGCCUACCUGCACUUCAUGGUGGCAGUGGCCACAAUGCUGCGCAAGGACAUGAAACUCCCCAAGAACAGCCACCUAGUGCUCAAGGACAUGGCCAAGGUGUUGGAGCUGGAGAUGAACCUGGCCAAUGCCACGGUGCCCCAGGAGGACAGGCAUGACGUCACUGCCCUAUACCACAAGAUGGAACUGGCAGAGCUCCAGAGGAGGUUUGGCCUGAAGGGAUUUAACUGGACGCUCUUCAUACAAACUGUGUUGUCCUCGGUUAAAAUCAAGCUGCUGCCAAAUGAGGAGGUGGUAGUCUACGGGAUCCCCUACCUACAGAAUCUUGAAAACAUCAUCGACACAUACACAUCCAGGACCCUGCAGAACUACCUGGUCUGGCGUCUGGUGCUGGAUCGCAUCAGCAGCCUGAGCCAGAGGUUCAAGGACGCGCGAAUGAGCUACCGCAAGGCCCUGUACGGCACCACCAAGGAGGAGGCACGCUGGCGGGAGUGCGUCAGCUAUGUCAACGGCAACAUGGAGAGCGCCGUGGGCUCCCUCUAUGUCAAGGAGGCGUUCCCUGGAGACAGCAAGAACAUGGUCAGAAAGCUCAUUGAUGAGGUGCGGACAGUGUUUGUGGAGACGCUGGAUGAGCUGAACUGGAUGGAUGAGGAGUCCAAGAAGAAGGCCCAGGAGAAGGCCAUUAACAUCCGGGAGCAGAUCGGCUACCCAGACUACAUCCUGGAGGCGCAGAACAAGCACCUGGAUGAGGAGUAUUCCAAUCUGAAUUUCUCAGAGGACCUGUACUUCGAGAAUAGUCUGCAGAACCUCAGGGCAGGUGCCCAGCGGAGCCUAAAGAAGCUUCGAGAAAAGGUGGACCAGAAUCUAUGGAUCAUUGGGGCUGCAGUGGUCAACGCCUUCUACUCCCCGAACCGAAACCAGAUCGUGUUCCCUGCCGGGAUCCUCCAGCCCCCCUUCUUCAGCAAGGAUCAGCCACAGGCCUUGAACUUUGGGGGCAUCGGGAUGGUGAUUGGACACGAGAUCACACACGGCUUUGAUGACAAUGGCCGAAACUUUGACAAGAAUGGCAACAUGAUGGAUUGGUGGAGUAACUUCUCCACCCAGCACUUCCGGGAGCAGUCAGAGUGCAUGAUCUACCAGUAUGGCAACUACUCUUGGGACCUGGCAGACCAUCAGAAUGUGAACGGACUCAGCACCCUUGGGGAAAACAUUGCUGACAACGGAGGGGUGAGGCAGGCCUACAAGGCAUACAUGAAGUGGAUGACCAAAAGUGGCAACGACCAGCAGCUGCCUGGACUGGAUCUGACCAAUGACCAGCUCUUCUUCAUCAACUAUGCCCAGGUGUGGUGCGGGUCCUACCGGCCAGAGUUUGCCCUCCAGUCCAUCAAGACUGACGUGCACAGCCCCCUGAAGUACAGGGUUCUGGGCUCGCUGCAGAACCUGGCCGCCUUCUCGCAAGCCUUCCAGUGUACCCCCGGCAGCCCCAUGCACCCCAAAGGGCGAUGCCGCAUCUGGUAGCCAAGGACUAGCCGCGCUGCGAGGCCCUUGCCCACCUGCCGCCCGGAGGCGCCUGCGAGGAGACAGUGCCACCGGGAUCCGCGAGCGCCUGCGCCCGGCCUGGAGCACAACUGCCACCUGACUCCCGGGAUGGUGAUGUCCAGCGCGGCGCCCCUCCGCGCCCACCGCAGGCUUUGCGCCCCCAUCGCAGCCCAGUAGACACCAUCAGCUGUCUUCCAGCCACUCUCCAAAGCACUGCUCUCAAAUGCCCAGAGCUUCUGACUGAACUAAGUAAACGCUUCAAAGAAGUGGGAGCCUUGUCUGUGGGCAGGGAGGGCACUAAUCAGGUGGUAGGGGCCUCUGCAAAACCAGGGCCCAGUGGGGAAAGUGGCAGCUGGGAACUCCCAGGGUCCUAGUGCUGGACCCAGCAGUGACCAGGAUACCCCAAAUGCCUGACUUCAGGGACCACACAUUCAGAUGGAGGGGACUGAGUUUAAGAGGUGGGCCCAGGGGAGCCACAGCUGGUUGUCUGCCAAAGGAGAUCCCACCUGCUGUGGGCUUUUAAGGAACUAGGCAGAGGAGGAAGGUCUGGAGCAGCAGGCGGGCAGGGCAGGGGUGGGAGGGAAGCAAGAGACCAUCAGGGAGCCCACUGUGAUCAUCUGGGGUGGCUGAGGGAAGCUGGUGAGGCACAAAGGUGGUCCUCAGAACCUGCCAGGCUGUCAGUUGGGCUGGGCAUGUGGCCUUGGAAGUGCCAGGGAAGUGAGGUUACAGUAUCCCACGUACCAUCAGUCCCCCCAGAGGGACAGAAACUUUCAUAGUGGGAAGAUGACAUCGUGGGAC